CUUUGAUUCUGUGAUAAACGAUGGCUCUACCUGGACCUCCUCUGCUGCUCCUUCUGUCUCUGCUGCUGCCGCUGCUGUUGAGCAAGGCAUCUCUGCCUGCAGCUGCAUACACGCUCACCCCCGGACGACAGCCGCAGCACAAGCUCCUCCACCUGGACUGGCCGAGGGACUGUGGAAUGGCUCACUUCAAGCCCAACAUGGCUGAGAGGAUUGUGUCUGGAAACGAGGCCAGACCUCACUCCUGGCCCUGGCAGGUCUCUCUGCAGGUUCGUCCCAGGGGAAGUAAACAUUACAUCCAUGUCUGUGGAGGAACUCUCAUCCACAAGAACUGGGUCCUUACUGCCGCUCACUGCUUCCAAAAAGGUAAAGCCGAGGAUGCUGGGAGCUGGAGGAUCGUCCUGGGGAAGCAUCAACUGAAGCGCUCAGAGAUGGCGGAGAGGACUUUCCCCGUGAAGAGAAUCUACCGGCAUGAGAACUUCCGCUACCCGGCUCACAGCGAGCUGGACUACGACAUCGCCCUGGUGAAGGCUGCCACCGACAUCGUCCCGUCUAACUUCAUCCGCUACGCCUGCCUGCCGCGCAAGCAGACCAGCCUCAAUCCUGGACACUACUGCUGGGUCACAGGCUGGGGAGACACCCGGGGCGGGAAGGAGAAUGUGUCUCUCGCAGAAGCCCUGAAUCAAGCCCGCCUGCCCAUCAUCGACUACAAGACCUGCCGGCAGAAGAAAUUCUGGGGCGACCGCGUCCGAGACUCCAUGAUCUGUGCCGGGUUCAGGGACACUGAGGGUCCGCCUGCUGCCUGCCAGGGCGACUCUGGCGGUCCUCUGCUGUGCCAGCAGGGGCAGGACCAGUGGGAGGUUCACGGCGUGGUGAGCUUCGGCCCCAUCGGCUGCACCGUGGAGAACAAACCCAGCGUUUUCACCCGCACCGCCGCCUACAUCCCCUGGAUCGAGGCCACGCGCAUCAGGGACUUCUUCCUGCACUAAGAUGACUCAGCGCUGACAGCAAACAUAAGCUCUGCUCUGUUUUAUGUCCGACGGCAACCUGUUCUUCUAAAAGUCUCACAGUUCAUUCAACAACAGCUUCAACAUUUAAAUACACGUUCUGAAUGUGAAAUUAUUUUCUAACACUAUAUUUUA